CCUGGAUCCCCAUACAAAGCUCAGAUCAGGCUCUUCACGCCCUCAGGCAACAUCAUUCCAAAAGGCCCUAACAAAUACCCAGUCGACCCCCCACCCCCAACCGAAAUGCUGGCCACGGGCCUGGUGGUGGUGGUGGCAUAGUUUUAUUUUUAUACAAAGUAGGACUGACGAAGCCUUACAUUUCGUCCUUGAGUCGGGGUGUGGGGCUGUGCCAUCCCGCCCCCUUUCCCGUUUCCUACCGGCCUGAUUAUUUCAAUAUUUGUCUAUUUUAAAAUAAGUAGGCCUACCGGUAUUAGAUGUCAUUCAAUAUAGAGAAAGAAAAUUAAUUUUAUUCAUCUGUUAAUAACUGGGUCAGAAGACCAUCUUGAUAUGACAACAGAGAAUGAAGAAAAUGCUGACAAAAUAAUAAAGAAUAUUCAAGAUGAAUUACGACAUUGCCUUCCUGUCGAUGCAAUUUCUGAUACAGAACGUAUUGUCUUCCCAACAUCUGGACCGAAUGCUGAUUGUGACUCCUCCACUACUGUACAUGUUGAUGCUUUCUUGUUUGAGGAGGACAUCAUUGACCAACUGGUUGAUGAAGGCCGACUGAGUCGAAAUUACUGCACAAAGUGUGGAUCCCGGGAGGUGAAACCACUCACAUUUAUCACUCACUCUGCUUCUGCAUCACAAGUGAAGUACAUCUUUAAACACUUGCUUCCCAACUUAACUGGGAAGAUGCUUGUAGACAUUGGUUCCAGAACGGGAGCAAUGCUUUAUGGGGCACAUUUAUACAGCUGUUGCAAAUAUGUUGUGGGAGUUGAAAUUGAUGAGCCAUUCUGUAAUCUCCAAAGUCAGAUUGUAGCAAAGUACAACAUGCAAGAUCGUAUUCAGAUCAUCCAUGGUAACAUCAUGAAUCAACAAGAGAUUUUAAAGUGCAGCCAGGUGAUCAUUCUGAACAAUGUUUUUGAUUUCUUUCUCUCUGAAGAUGAACAGGCGAAGGUUUGGCACUUCCUUUAUGAUACUGUCAAAGAAAAGGGAACACUGCUUGUGACUAAUCCUAGUCUAAGCGAGGCAUUACAUCACCUGAAGAUAUCUAUAGAUCUUGCUAGCUGGGUUGAAGAACAGGAUGCAACUUUGGCAUUGUCAGAAGCAAGCAAACAUUUACCAGACAUCGAUGAUGAAGAACUGACAUGUUUUCAUUUGUACAAGGUUUUGUAAUAAAGUAUUUAUCUAGA